AACCCAGACUUAAACCAACCAAAACUGUAGGCUGUGGAGCCCAUCGACUUGGAACUUUCCUUCCUUCAGAAAAAACCCACUACGAGCACCAACCUCGCCCUUCAAGAAAACCACACCCUCCUUCUACUCCCUUCCUCCCUCAUCCUCAUCCUCAUCCUCACUACUCUCAUCUGAACGAUGGGCGCAUUCUGUUGCAAACCAGAGGAAAUCGACUUCGAUGGUCCUGUUGACCUCUGGCAUUUCUAUCUACUCAGAUCGGUCGGUAAAGGUGCUUUCGGCAAGGUCCGAGUGGUACAGCAUAAACAAACCAAAGCACUCUACGCACUCAAAUAUAUCAACAAGCAAAGAAUCGUCGCACAGCGAGCAGUAUCAAAUAUCAUCCAAGAGAGAAGACUACUCGAGGAGAUCGACUCGCCCUUCGUCUGUAACUUGAGAUACGCAUUCCAAGACGAUGAAAACCUGUUCAUGGUCUUAGACCUCAUGCUGGGUGGCGAUCUCAGAUUUCAUUUGGAUAGGGUCGGCCUCAUGAAGGAGGAGGUCGUUCGGUUUUACGUCUGUGAGAUGGCUCUAGCCCUCGAUUACUUACACUCCAAAGGGAUCGUACAUCGUGACCUGAAACCUGACAACAUCCUCUUGGACGAACGCGGACAUGCACAUCUGACCGAUUUCAAUAUUGCCGUGCACUUCACCGAACGAAGAGCCCUAACCUCCGUAGCUGGCUCGAUGGCCUACAUGGCCCCCGAAAUCCUUGCCAAGAAGGGCUACACAUGUACCAUCGAUUGGUGGUCACUCGGUGUCGUGGCCUUCGAACUGUUAUUUGGGAAGCGACCGUUCAGAGGCAAGACGAAUAGCGCUCUGACAAAUGCGAUCACUCGUGAUGAACCUCGAUUUCCUGAUACCCUGCCUCAGACUAUCAGUCCAGACGCACUCAACUUCUUAGAAAAGAUCCUACAACGUGAUAUUAAUAAACGGAUCGGAUGCAAAGGAUCUGGUGGAAUGUCAAGGUUGAAGACUCAUGAUUGGUUUCGUGAUGUGAAUUGGGAUCUGAUGCAAGAAUUGGGUGUCAAACCACCCUUUGAACCUGAUUCCAAGAAAGCGAACUUUGAUGCGACACACGAGUUGGAAGAGUUAUUACUAGAGGACAAUCCACUGAAGGCAAAGAAGCGGAAUCCGAACUUGAAUAUCGAUUCGAUGUCAGCCGAUUUCAGAUUGAUGGAAGAGAACUUCUUAGUCUAUGAUCAUGCGAAGAUGUCCAGAAGGUCAUGGUUUGUCGAACCCGGAGCAGAGACCAAGACGAGCGAAGUGACCCCGAGCACCUUCACUGCCUCCAUGAGCAUCGUCCCGGCUAAAAUCCCAAUCGAUCAGCAACCUUUGGCCGAACUCAAAACCGACUCGCUCUCUCAUGAACUACCUCCGACUUGAUCCCUCGUCAUCCCUUGUCAAAGAAGAAGAAGAAGCAGAUGAAAAAUUGAAGAAAGGAAAGAGUUAAAAGAAACUCUCACCUAUAGGAAUACCAUCAUCACCUCCAAUACUCUCGGCCACUCUCUCGUCUUAGAACCUUAGACCCCCUCCCCCUCCUCCAUUUCUUCUUCUUUAGUCUUUAUCAGUUCAGGAAGAAUGUUACAGUAGAAGUUUUUUGUUUCAGUUCGCAACUCGCCAGGUCUUCCUUCCCCGCGUCCUCUCCUCUUUCUACCGAGAUCGGCUUUCACAUUCUUUUUCUCUUCUUUCUAUUCCUCUCUUUUUUUUCGUUCAAGGAUCCUCUCUUUUCCCUUUCCUGGAUUGAUUUCUUCUUAGAUAUGUGCUUCCGUCCUUAACGUACUCUAAUCGGAAAAGAAGGAGAAAAAUCUGCCAUCACUGCUACUACUCGCUCCAUACUUUCCUUCGUCAAUCUCACCUCCUUGAAUUAAUAACCUUUUCUCCUCUCUUUCCCUCCCCUUCUUUUCAAGCACACUUUCCUCUCUCUCUCUCUCUCUCUCAAUCUCUCUCUUUUUUGUUGCUGUCCAGUUAUCUACCUAUGACUACUACCACCACUACCAUCACCACAAACAAACCAACAAAAAAACUUACAACUUAUUUAUUCUCGUCAUCAUCAUCUUGGAAACUUUUGUUUUUCUUUCUUUUAUACAACUCUCUCUUCGUUUAUGAUCUCCAUUCAUUUGUUUGUUUGCUUAUGUAUUUGACUUUUACACUCUCCUUAUAACGACAUCAAUUGAUCAAAGUCUCCAAAGGAAACACAAAAAAAUCAAGGCAAAACCAAGGGAGGGAAUCAGAGGAAGAUGAAAAGAAACUGAAGAUGAAAAUGGAUGUGCUAGUGAUUAAUCUUUGUUUAGUUUUAUCCUCUCUUUUUCAUUGAAUACUAGUUUUUUGUUGGUUACUCUCACUCUUGUUUCUUUUUUUUCUUUGUCUUUCUCUCUCUCUCUCUCUCUUUUACAUUUAAAGUUUGUUGUAUACAGAUUUUGUUCUUUCAGUUCCAGCUUUUUG